AUGAUCUCCUCUACAUUUGCCCCUAAUUUGUCUCGUCGGGACACGGGCAAAUCGAGCAUAGGGCAUGACAAUGCCACCGGUGCAGCUCCUCCUCCAUUAGCCAGUGGAGGGGGGACUUUUGGGCCACAGAGUGCCACGGCGAUUUACCAGCACAUCCAUGAUAUGGCUACCAAGCGAAUAUCCACAUUGGACUACUUGCGAAAAGCGCAUGAAGGCCGCAUUUACUGGUUUAAUACGGUACAUUUCUCGCGCACUGACAUUGGUCGAAUCCCCUACUUCGAAUCCCGAAAACUCUCCCGCCGCGCCAUCAACUAUCUCCUGCUGGGCUUGUCGCUUCCACCAAUACUCGACGUCAGUUCGACUCCCGCCGAGUAUCUGCGCGCAUUGAACGCUCUUCUAGUUGAGUUCGAAACUUUCCAGCAAGUGCACCCACCGGACGGGAGUUCAUCUUCAUCUCUAGCCAGAGCACGAAUUCCUCAGAUGUUCAAAAGAGCUGCACAGGCUGGGGCUAAAACUCGACGAGCAAGCUCGGCUACUGAAAUCGGCCUGCCUAUGCAGUCUAGUGACCCGUCCGACCUGAAAGGCAUGACAGGGAAUAUAUCCUCUUCUGCCACGGCGGCAGCUGUCAUUUCUUUUCCUCACACUGAAGCCUCGGAACUUCUACCGGGCGAAGAAUACUCGUAUCUCUUGACCCCGUCAUUGCCCUUCGAACCGGAUUACUUCGAGACCUUUGUAACUCUGUGCGACGUACUGAUAGAUUGUUAUACUCGGCUUGCCUCGUUGAUCUCGAGCCCCUCGGUGUGCACUGUCGGGUUGGGUGAGAUGUUCUCCAAGGCAGAUGCCAAAAUUAGAAAAAUCAUGGUUGCCGGCAUUGUACGAGAGUUCGAAGACGCAAGUCGGAAUAAUGCCAAAAACGAAGUCUUUGGGGUUAGCCGCGUGGUUCUUGGUGGCCUUUUAGGUUGA